AUGCCAUCUCGAGUGUCUCCCCCGCCUGCGCACGGUGACGAGUUGGAUGACUUGUUCAACUAUGAUGCUGGCAUGGACGAUGUUUUCAAAGACCUGGACGGCACCAAAAAAGGCAGCUCGCGGCAAGAGUCAACAAACUCUCGCCCGGCGACCAGCAAUGCUGCUGCUUUGGGCAUUGAUGAGGAGAUCAAGGUAGCCAAGAAGAGGCAGCCAAUUGCAAAGCUUGACGACGCCCGUCUCUUAUCCGCUGCCGGCAUACCCAAGCUGCGAAGAAUAUCAAAAGAGCGCCUCAAAUUCAAAGGCAAGGGCCAUGAGUUCUCAGAUAUGGCUCGCCUCUUGAAUACCUAUCAGCUUUGGCUGGACGACUUGUACCCGAGAGCGAAGUUUGCCGAUGGAUUGGCGAUAAUCGAAAAGCUAGGCCACACGAAGCGCAUGCAGAUGAUGAGGAAGGAGUGGAUAUACGAGAACAGGCCAAAGCCCUCUGUAGAGGACGACACAGCCGUCGAACCGGCGGCGCCGCAAGAUCAUAUUGGCGAAGGAAGUGCGGUAGGCCGGAAUGUUGAAGCAGAAGACACGCGGACAGAGCAUCCCCUGGAAUUAGCGGAAAGCAUUGGACAGGAGCCGCCAGUCGGUGUCCAGCCGGAAGGUUCGACAAGCCAACAAGGGGGAGCGCCCGAGGAGGACGAGCUAGAUGCACUCCUGGCGGAAGAUGCAAUGCAAGAUGAGAGGCAGCAGGACAGUCUGUUCGGAUCUGGACCAGCUACAAAGCCAUCCUCCGCUAUGCUGGGGUCACAUGCGGAUGACUAUGGUGAUGACUUGGAGGCGAUGGCAGAUUUGAAUUGGUAG